AUGACAGGUCGAUAAAUCCCGCCUGACCGGCGUAAUCGAAGCCAAAACGCGCAAGAAAACGAGAAGCCUAAAGUCGAGGACCGUCCCGACAACACACCACAUAUGAUGAGAUCAUGAACUAUUUUCUGGCGUCCGAGAGACGACGAGAUUGCAGGAAGCUUCGCGCCUGAUGGACACAGCAAGAAACCCCAUUCCUCUUCUCUGCAGCACGAGCGAAGGAGCUUGCGUACAUCUUCCUUUUCCACGGAGCUAACCCGCGCUGGGAUGACGACCAAAUUAUCUUCACCAAGUCCAGCCUCGAACUGCUACCUGCAGAUCUUGCAGACGACACGACCAAAGAACCGCGUGUAGAGGCACAAGACUCAGUUCCGCCAGGACGGGAGAUCGACGAGAAGAGUAACGAUCAAGCCUCCCCGGUGGUAGCUAAGCCUGAGCCGGGGGGAAAUAAACAGCGGGACCCUAUUGCAGUCUUCAAACAGCGCGAGAGGUCUCCCUUCUUCAAGUUCGAGGGAUCAUAUCAAAUUGACCGUUUGACUUUUCUCGAGCCUAAGAGCCCCGGAUUCGCUCGCAUGCUGGAGCAUAAAUGGACCAAGCAAGAUCCUCGUGGCCGCAUCAAACCCGUGCAGCGUUCAGGGCUGAGGCGGGAGGAAAGUGUCAGUUAUCGUUGGGCGGUCAUCACAUUGAAGAAAGACGAGGUCGCAGAGAAGGAAGCCGGCGCGCCGAAGGUCGAGAAGAACCCGGAUGUUGUUCCUGCGGAAUUAAAGACUGCGAAGAAGAGCGUUAACGACGGGAGGUGCCGGCGGAGAUGA